AUGCAUCUCAUAGUCCGUCAACGACGCCGAUUUCCAUAAACGUUGCACCCUAUUGUUUCAUCGCGAGUACAAGAAAAAUACGAAAGUGUUGCAAGCCCUGAAUCAAGCGACGAUAAAAAAUUCAAGCAUCUCAAAAUCGUUCCUGAGCAUCGAUGCUCCUUGUCGCGUUCGGCCAAAAGCGUAUUUACGAACACUCGGUAAGUGCUCGCUGGAAUAUCCAAGAAGUGGCGUGCGACAACGAAAGAAAGAGAGAGACCGAGGUAUAUACGCGGAAGGGCGGAGAGAAAAGAACGACAGACAGCGAGGCAGAAGCGGCUACGUACAAGUAGCGGCUAUACGCAGAGGAAGACGCGCCUGACAGAAACGGAGCUAUAACUGAGCGACCGAGAGCGGAACACGUAGCGAUGUAGGGGAGUAAAGAGGAUCGCGAGACGUGUUCUAGGGGAGGGAUGGAGACAGAGGGAGGCCGAGCGAGUGCGCCGACUCAGUAGCCGCGUGUUCGGUGCGGCCGUAGGGUUUCGCGGCCAAGCGGUGCCGAGCGUCGCACAGUCGCGACGGCAGCCACCGGCGCGCGGUACCCCUUUUUCUUCAAACUACACUUCUCAAUUCCGCACGGUUCAGCGCACGUUUCCUGGCGUCGACGAAACAACGUCGAAGGAUUAGGACGUGUGCACGUUGGACAGAACACGAGGCCAGGGGUUGAUUCGGCUCGGCACUCGUCAGAGAGGGCGCUUCACGUCGUUAACCACCGCCACCGACCAACCACCACCAACCACCACCAACCACCGUCACAAAUACCAACCCUCCAACCCUCCCACCAAACAAAAACAAAACAAAAAAAAAAUACCACGCAGCCACCUUCGAGAGGGAUCCACGCCGGUGGGCGAGACACCUGUUCGCCCUUUGCUAAACCACCCCGACGAUACCGAAACCGCGCGCACGUGUCCCGAGCGGAGAGGUUCCGGUCCACGUGACACACCGAGAGAAAUCGGCGAUCGUCGCUCUUUUCACGGGAGCAGACACGUGGCGCGUACGCGGCCGCACGCGGAGGUGUCCAACGGACAGAGAGAAGCGGAGGGAGAGACGGAUAGAUAGAUAGACGACGGAGGAUAGAUAAUAGAUAGGCGGAAAACAAGGGAGAGAGACGGUGCGAAGCGAGAGAGGAGAGAAAUCGCGUGGAGAAAGAGACGAACAAAAGGGGGGAGAGAAGUACACAGACUCGGGGGUGCGGAAGGAGGGGGGAGGCGGAGAAAGGUAGAGAGGUGGCAGAGAGACAGAGACCGAGAGGGGGUGGGAGGGUGAGGACGAUAGACAGGGAGGAAAGGUACCGAUCACGAGGACGAAAACCGUGGAGGAUAGAGGAGACGCGAGAGAAAAAGGGUCGUGUGUCUUCGUUUCGUUUCUUCGAACAAUACUCUCACCAAGAGAAGGACGGAGGAACAGGCGACAGCCACGAACGAGACGACGAGGAGGAAGCGGGACAUGCUGGAACCACGCUGGAGACCCGUCCAGGUCAGUGGUGUAUUCUUCCCAGGCUUCCGAGACAGGGUGUCAUGGCGCGUUAAUGGACACAUCGGUGAGAAUCCGUUCGACAACGGUUCGUGGGGAAAGGAACAGUUCCAGCCAUCAGCGGUUCCUUGGCAGCUGAAUCCGCGCGGCCACGCUCGUCCCAGUGACGAUGGCAUAAUGGAUCAUGACACAGACGGAGACGGCGCGAUCAACUUGUCAACGUCGCAACGACCCUCCGCCGCCACCACCCCUAAUGGUGACACCCCCUCGUACGGGCAAGAUCAACAAGACAACGACCAGGCUACUUCGCUGUUUGCAGCCCUGAAGCAGCAGCAACAGCAACCACGCGACAGUGUUCCUUCUUCGAGGGAGCGCGAGAAUCGGGAACGGGAUCGGCUGUCGGUCCGUAGCCGCGAGAACUCCAGGAACAACGAGAUCGGAGGCGGUGCCGUGGACCAACAGCAACAACAGCAGCAGCAGCAGCAGCAACAGCAGCAGCAGCAAGACCUCACGAUCGAGUACCAGAGCAAUGGGAAGCUCAGUCCCGCUGGGCACGCAGUGACAACAGCACCCAUGACCCAGCAAAAGCAGCCUAUCAUCACGCAGCAAUCGCAACAGCCCAGUUCGGGGGCGCCUGGUCCCCAACCGAGUCCCCAUCAGAGCCCACAGGCCCCUCAGAGGGGUUCGCCGCCGAAUCCUUCGCAGGGUCCUCCUCCUGGAGGGCCGCCAGGGGCACCACCCUCUCAGAAUCCCUCGCAGAUGAUGCUCAGCCCGGCGAGCGGCAUCCAUCAGAUGCAACAGCUGCUCCAGCAACACAUACUCAGCCCCACACAACUGCAGUCAUUCAUGCAGCAACACACGCUCUAUCUGCAGCAACAACAACAGCAACACCAUCAGGAUUCCUCGGAGCAUGCGUCGAACCAGGACCGAUUCGGCUACUUUUCGUCCUUGAAAGACCACCAACACCAGUUCGCGGAGCUAGGGAGGAAGAAGCUGGAACAGGCGAUACAGCAACUGCAGGAACAGUUGCAGCUGAACGUGAUCCAGCAGACGCAUCUGUUGCAAACCGCCGACAAGAAGAAGGCGUCCGCCCCUCUUCAACAAUUGGCGCUUCAGCAGCAACGCUUGAUUCAGCAGCUGCAAAUCACGCAGAGCCAGUAUCUCCUCCAACAGGGUCUGGGUCUUCAGGGUCACAAUCCUUCUUCAGGUCUGCAACCAGGCGAGGGUCUACCGAUAUGGAAGACAGAGACACCGGACGUUCCAGAAUCCCACCAGAACUCCAACGUUCCAAAAUCCGGGACAGGACUGAAUGGACUUCUGAAUUCGAUAGUGUCCAGUCGCCGGUCGGAGAUGAACGGCACCACUCCGCUGGACGAAAAGCCAUUGGACGUUUCCUCGAACGACAAGGCUCAUCCCCUUUACGGUCAUGGGGUUUGCAAGUGGCCGGGCUGUGAAGUUAUUUGUGAAGACUAUCAAGCAUUCCUUAAGCACUUGAACACGGAGCACACGCUGGACGACAGAUCGACGGCGCAAGCCAGAGUUCAGAUGCAAGUGGUGUCCCAGCUGGAGAUUCAGUUGCAGAAGGAACGGGACCGGCUAACCGCCAUGAUGCACCAUCUGCACGUGGCGAAACAAAUGGCCUCCCCGGAACCACCAAAGUCGUCCGAGUCGUCGACGGGCUCGAGUAUACCAAAGUUGAAUCUCUCCACGGCCCUGAUGAGCCAGCCACCCCCGAACUUCGGCGUGUCCCAGGUGUCUCCGGUCUCGAUGUCGGCGCUGGUCUCGGCGGUGAGGUCUCCCGUUGGCGGUCAGCUGCCAUCCUCCGCUGGUGGAGCACCCAUGCCACCGAUUCCCAACAUGUCCAACAUGUCCGGUAUGCCACCGCUGCCGAACAUGCCCGGCAGCAUUCCCACCAUGCCGACCAUGCCCAGCAUGGCGGGGCCCAUCAGGCGGCGCAUCAGCGACAAGUCUGCCCUUUCACUGGCAGGAGGACUGUAUGACGAGGGCACUGUAAGGCGCAGAGUAGCCGUCGAUAGAUCUGGAAUAGAUAUUAACGAAGAAAUCCAACGAAAUAGGGAAUUUUACAAGAACGCCGACGUCCGACCGCCGUUCACGUAUGCAUCAUUAAUACGACAGUCGAUCAUCGAGUCCCCGGACAAACAGCUGACGCUGAACGAGAUCUACAAUUGGUUCCAGAACACGUUCUGCUACUUCCGACGCAACGCCGCUACGUGGAAGAACGCAGUGCGACACAACCUGUCUCUCCACAAAUGUUUCAUGCGAGUCGAAAACGUGAAAGGCGCCGUAUGGACGGUGGACGAAGUGGAGUUUUACAAGAGACGUCCUCAACGCGCUUGCAGCACGACCGGGGGUGUGCCGUCGAAGAGUCCAACCCUGACGCACAGCCCGACCAUGUACGGUGAUGCUUUGAACGCCAAUCUCCAGUAUUUCCAGGCGGCGCUCGGUGACUCGAACAUGGGCUUUCUGAGCAACUCGAUGUGCACGUCGACGACGACGAGUCCCGACAAGGAGCAUGUGUUAACACACAACGAUUUGAUGUCACCGUUGGAUGAACCAGCCGUGCACAUAAAGCAGGAGGGCCAGAGCCCGGAGGGGGGUAAACUCACGAGAUUAAUAAAGCGGGAGCUGGUCGACGCGCCUGUCGAGCAAGAGGGCGAGGAGGAUCAGGUGGACGAGAGGGAGUAUCCCGAGAGUCACGGGCACGACUCGGGCCAGGACGAGGACAUGGCCGAGGACCUAUCGAUGGCGCCGGACAUAAUGACCCCGGAGGAUCAGAUCGAGGCGUAGUAUCGCUCAUCGGGCAACGAUUAGGUUCGAGAAGUCGCUUCGAGAGGAACGAGAGCCAGCUUCUUCCUCGUCGGCGUCGACCGGGCGAGCAGCUAGACGCGCAGCGAACGAAGAGGAAGAAGACGACGAAGACGACGACGAAGGCCCCCUAGGACCACCCCAGCCCUCCACUCCUUCUUCGUAAAGAGAUAUCCCCGCACUCAUCAUAUCCGAAGCCGCGGCGCGUAACCACGCCGGCUUUAAAGGUAAAGAAACAAUUAACGAAAAACACUAAACGAAACACGAGAACCGCCAAAACCAUUGGACGGUCCCGUGAAUCGGUCGCGACGUGAACGUCGACGAGAGUCGACGCGGUGAACCGCGAUCCCUCGAUCCAUAUCCUUACUCAAGCAAAUGCGAACAACGAUGUGUUUUCUGUUCUCUCCUUCCGUUUCAUUUCGGAACCGCGGUUAUAUCUAUAUAACAUAAUUAUAUACAUAUACAUAUGUAUCUCUCUCUCUCUCUCUCUCUCACUCACUCACUCACUCACUCACUCACUCACUCACUCACUCACUCUCUCUCUCUCUAUCUCUAUCUCUAUCUCUAUCUCUUUCGUGUACAUUGCAUUAGCGAGUAAAUGAAGAAGGAAACGAAUCGUAACACCGCGAUCGUUCGUAGCGUUUCGACGGACACCCUUCGAGGAAAAGGGAUGGUAGAGGAAGGACGCUGUCGGUCUACGUCCUCGUAGCUCGUUUCCAGAGACGGGUAAAGUUAUUUGGGUGUAUUUAGCACGUGGAAUUAUUGGUAAACCGGGUUUGUCUUGACAGUAAAACUACCGAGAGGUACAAUGAAACUUGAAUCGAUAUGGCUUUUUGAAUCGCAGCCUUGGUCAUUGCGUAGUGGUGAAAGACAGAGGAGAUAAUAAAUUAGGGAGUAAUGAGAAUACUGAUUGUAUCGAUUGUUUAGGGAAUUUUUGCUUCAAUAUUAGAACUAUCGAGUCAAUUUUACAGAAGACUUCGAGUUUCUUUCUAAAGUCAUUCAGACAUCAAUAAUUCUUUUACUAAUAAUUCUUCAACAUUUGCUGAUAAUUAUUAUAAUACAGAGUUGAUUUAAUUGAUAGAUCAACUUAAUCAUUGCAUAGUGUCGCUAAUUCGAGGAGAUAAUAAAUUAGGCUGUUGGAAUACUGCUGAUUAUUGAAUUGAUUAUAUUCAAUCAUCAACAAUUCUUUUACUGCAACAUUUACUGACAAUUAUUAUAAUACAGAAUUAUUUUUAUUGGUACAUCAACCUGCUCCUCUUUCCUAGAACAGGUUUGCAUUGAACUCGGUAGCUUUGGUGUUAAAAUGAUACAUAAAAUUGGAGCUAUAGACUGAAAUAAUUAACCUCUUCGAUGUCGAUUCUUUUUGUUAUUAUCAAAUUUUGUUCUUUUUAUUAUUGACAGUAAUCAUAAUUAUAAAAAACUAAACUGACCAAGGGCAUGAAGAGGUUAAGUAUACCCUAAUUAGACUGCGGAUUUUAAACAUUUAUAGCAUACACGUAUAUGAAAAAAGCUAAACGUAUGUAAAAGGUAUACACUCCUUCUAAAUCGAAUAUUUAUAUUAUCAUAUUGUCCAAUCUGUACUGUACAUUCUGCACACUUUUGUACGUGAUUUAAUAUUCGCAGUCUAAUCACGAUAGCCGUUGCUGUAGUAAAAAAAAUUCAAUCAUCAUUAUUAUUAAUAAGUAUUCAAAAAUUGUUCCAGUCAAAUUUUGCCCGUCUCUGCUCGUUUCCUGUUUCCAGUGUCGCGCGCGCAUGCGUCCCGCGUACGCUGGAUCAAUUCGAAAUAUUAAAAUUGAGGCUGACGUCUGUCGAGACGAAUCUUGUAAAUUGUGCUGCGUGUUUCGAUACUGUGAUCAAAGAAAAAACGGCCAUGAUAACCAAUUUUAAUCGAUAACGGGUGCUUCGUUGACCGUUUUUCUAACUCUGUCGCUGGUAAACUCGAAAUGCGUACGAAAAGGCGCGAAAGUCUCGAAGGAAGAUGAUAAAAGUGACGAGAGAUUGGUGGAAGGGCUGGUCGAGCAUAUAUAUUUUACAUGUUAACGUUUCUUUAACGUGGGUCUUUUUUCAUACUUAAUUUUUGUUAGGAUUAAAACGAUAUUGGGAAAAUUGAGUGCAAUUUUAGCGUUAUUUUUGCAAACGAAUUUUCUUAAAAUGAUAUUUACGUAGAUAUUUGAGAAGGAAAGUAGAUGUUGGUUUAAAAGUAAUAUUGUUGUAUUGAUAUUGAAUUUUGAUAGAGACAGUACAUAAUGCAACUUUUUAGUAGACCUCUGUGUAUUUAUUUACAGAAUUUAAUUUAGUAAAGUCAACUAAUUGCAACACAGGAUGAUAUGCCACCUUAAAAAGAUAAUGAUCUGCUCAAUCAGAAAACAAUAUUAACUACACUCUACUAAUUAUUCUCCACGAACUCAGUUUUGUUUCAAUCGAACAUUAGCAAAACUUUCCUUUAAAAAUGGCCCACGGAGAAGCUUGAAACGUCAACACGCGACUUGUACAUGCUCCACGCGACUCUCGUAGACGACAUUGUUUUUCACCAGCCAAUUCGAAAUCCCCGUGUAAAUUUUAAUGGAUAAAUCGCGAAGCUGGGCGGCGGGUACGCGCUUGGGAACGACUGACACUUAGUCUUUAAUAUAUAUCGUCGUAAAUUAAGAAUCGCAAAAAGUCUCUCGCGACAUUAACGAAACUGGGACUCCCAUCGAGUGGAGGAGACCUCUUAUAUCAGACACUUAAAGUUAAGAGAUCGUCCGCGGACGUGAUCCCGACGUGCCCGUCUGCUGCUCUGUCGCCUAGUACUGUAUAGUUUAGAGGAGAUUAACCAUAAGUAGUCCAGGGAUGGGCAAAAUUCUACUCGAAUAAUAAACGUCAGUAUACGUGGAGCGUCGAUUUAAUCGUUUAUUCGGACUUCAAUCCCAGACAAAUUUCCAAUCGUUCGUUUAAAUCCUAGUUGACAUCGAACGAACGUAUGAAAAAUAAUUCAUCCUUUAUUUAUUAUUCGGAAUAUUCAAUUUUGCUCGUCUCUGAAGUAGCAUCGACGGUCAUAGAUGUCGACGGUUCGCGUCGACGUGACGCGUGCGCGCGUGCCCUGGUCGUCGUAAUUUCCUUUUUUAAUAUAACAAACAACCUCGACAACUCGACAAUUUCGUUGGAUAAAACGGAAGAAAACGCGCAGCGAUUCGCGAGGUUGGCGCGCACGAAACGAGACCGAGGACGGUCGAGAAAGCGAACCGGAAAGCACGAAGAAGACGGAAAGCGGACGCGCGUUGGACACUUAUAAAUAAAUUAAAUUACUAUGUAUGCAUAUACAUAUACAUAUAUUAAUACGUAUACGUAUCGAAAUUAUAAGGAAUUAGAUGUCGAUGGCCCCGUUCUCCGUUGUCCCCCAGACAAUCCUCAGACCCCUCCCUCCACCGAAACACCCGCUGAACUCCCGAUCCCAUGUAAUCAAGCUCGGUUCCGAAUUUUCGAAAUGGGACUGCGUCCAGAAGCGUUCGGGGGCCGUGCUCGUCGAUCUUCGAGCCCCUGGAAAGACACGAGGUCGAAAGCGUGCCCCACGCCGGCGUAACGCGACGUUGUUUGAAGUUAAUUCGAAGUUAAUUCGUUGCCUGACGAAUCAUUCGUUUCAGUCGUAGUUGACGCGCCACGAGAUCUGCGUGUGUUUGUUGCGUUUUGAUCGAAACACGUUGCAACGAUCGAGGGAGAUUUCGAUCUAUGGGGUUCGAUCGAUGGGGUUGGAUGCGGGCUGUGGUUGAAUUGGUGGGCCAAAUAUUUGGUAUGUACAUUGUUUGCUAUUUGUUGAAAAGGGAGUUUAGAAGCGACCGGAGUUUCUUGUAACGGUAUUUACGGAGAUAUUUGAGAAGGAAAUUUAUUGUUCGUUUAAAUGUGACGUUAUUGUAUUCUUAUUGAAUGUUGAUAGGGAUUGUAUAGGGAAUGCAAUUUAUAAUAGAGGCCUGAGCAUUUAUUUACAGAAUUUUUUAGUAAAGUCAACUGUUGGGAUUUGCAAACUCUGAAGAAAAAUGCAGCAGUAAUGAAUGUUGGGAAGUGUUGGAGUAUAUUCGUUUAAAAUUCAAUGUUUUUGAAAUUAUGAGGCACGUGUGAUAUGGUGAUUGUUUCAAGUAUUGCAUUUGAUAGCUAUUCCUAUUUUAGUGGAGGAACAGAAAUGAGCAAACUCUUAUAUUAAUAACAUAUUUUACGUAACGAGUAAAUGAUGAACAACUAUUGACUAGGUGCAGAUUGAAUAAAAAUUAAAAUCUGAAUUAUUAAAUGAAGCAUUUCACAAUGAAUAAAUAAAAUUUCUACAUUGGUCAAAUCCAAUUAAUGCCAUAAAUACAUUGCUAUGCGAUCUCAUUUUUUUCUCUGUUAUGCGAAUCAAAUUGUGUCCAUUUCUGUCAAGGAAUAAGGAAAGGUACAUUUUUUUAUUUUUGUUUUUAGUGAAUUACUUGAGACUUUAAUCAAUGAAUAGAUCCAUAACCAACGGACAAAAAAUGAUUUCUCUUUAAAAGAAUAGUUUUGUUGGUAAAUACUAAGCAAAAAUUUGGCUCAGCACUUUUAGCACACUCUGUGUAUAUUUGGUUCGACUCGCGGCACAGGAGUGGGCACGUUUGUUUAUAAUAUUUUUGUAAAUUAAUUAGUUCUCGGUGACGAUGGCUGACGCGCGUGUAGAUAGUUUCCCCAGGUCUCCUGAACUGCAAGGACACUUUUAAGGUUUAAAGCGAAACUCCUUCAUCGCUGCGACGAUGUAUUAGCGUGUCUGUGAUGAGAGGAAGAUCUUCUUCUAGCAUUUAUCGGGCGACAGUUGAUUAUGCGUCAGAAAGACAGACAAUUGUCACAGCUGUCAAAUCUACCAAGCUACAAAGCUACGAAGCUACAUUAUUUGUCAUAUAAACAUUCUGUAAAUUCUUGAUUUUUAACUUGACUCUAUCAA